UAGCGGACAAGACCUACUAGCCUACAGAACAAUCUCCAAGUGGUGCGUCUUUUAGCAGCACUCAAAAACCAGACUGGUGUGGAAGUCAUUAGAAUUGAAAUGGGAUUAGAUGCCUCAUUCUGAUAUGAGAAGCGCUCUACUAUGAAAUGCUUCCUUGAUGCGCGCCGCUGUCCAAGAUGCCCACCAAGAUUCUACCAUCCCAAAUUCCCAAAUAGGCCAACGCUUGAUCAAAGCCUGAUGCUUGAUGCAUAGCGCCCAGCUUGUUAGCUAGCUGAGCUCAGCACGACUAGAUUAUACCCGAGAACAUCCAGGCAAGGCAAGGAUUGCUGCAGCGGGGCAAAACGGGAGACGGACGGAUAUUGCACUGGAUUAUAACAUUUUAAGCCAUGAUGUGAUUUCAUCUAGAAAACUCUCUAAUUGGAGUUAACCGCCAUGGAAAUGAAAACACUGGAUAUUGUUCCCAGCCUGUGACCCGGCUAUCUCUGGCAUCUGAUUCCCUUCGCCUUCGUCUGCUACGUCUCCCCCGCCUCUUCUCCCUCCUCUGGCUCAGUCAGGAUGGAGGAGAGGAUGGCGGCGCUUCUCCUCUCCCUCCUGGGCACGGGGCUGCUGCUGCUGCUCAGUUGGACCCCUGGCAGCCUCGCUGCGGAGUGCAAGGGCCACAGGCUGGUACUGAGGGGCCCCCCAGGGUACGUGUCAGAUGGACCAGGAAACUACUCGGUCAACGGAAACUGCGAAUGGCUUAUCAAAGCUCCCGGCAGCAACUACCGCAUUGUUUUGAACUUCACCUUCAUGGAGACAGAGUGCACCUACGACUACCUGUUUGUUUACGAUGGCAACUCCUACCAGAGCCCGCUAUUGGCCAGUUUGAGUGGAAACACGAUGCCCCAGCCAAUAGAAGCCAAGUCUGGUCAGAUGCUGCUGCACCUCUUCAGUGACGCCAACUACAACCUGCUGGGCUUCAACGCCACCUACUCCUUCUCCCUGUGCCCCGGGGCCUGCGGGGGCCACGGCCGCUGCGAUGCCGCCACGGCCCGCUGCCAGUGCCACCAGGGCUGGGGAGGAGAGGACUGCACCACCCCCCUCUGCUCUGUGGCCUGCACCCGACAUGGACACUGUGACGAGAAGGGGGAGCACUGUAAUUGCAGCUCAGGCUACGUGGGCCACAGCUGCCAGCUGGGUCUGCAUGAUGACGUGGGUGCUGGCCAGUGGUGGGAGGUGAGCGAAGGGGACGUCAAGGUGCCCCACCGCACCGCUGCAGCCGGAGUCUACCUCUCUUCCACCCGCGCCAUGUACCUUUUCGGAGGAUUUGACUUGAACCGAGCUCUGGGGGACCUCUGGCGGUACACCUUCGAGACAAACCUGUGGGAGAAGAUGUCCAUCUCCAAUGCUCCAGCUCCACGUCACUCCCACACUGCAGUGGAGUGGCAGGGGGGCAUGGUGAUCUACGGUGGCGAGCUGUCUGACCACUCCAUGGCCAGUGACGUCUGGAUUUACCGGCCCCAGACGGACGUAUGGGAGCAGCUCGGCCUAUCGGACGCCCCGGGGGCACCGCGACUGGCCAAUCACGCGGCGGCUGUGGUGGAUAGCUAUCUCUAUGUGUUUGGGGGCCGCACAGAGGAGGACAUGUUCUCCUCGUCUCUGUUCCGCUUCAAGCUGAAGGAGGGGGUGUGGGAGGCGGUGCAGCCGUCGGGGGGCAAAGCUCCAGCCACGGCCGGCCACAGCAUGGUCUUCCACGGCCCCUCCAGGACCCUGCUGGUGUACGGCGGACACAGGCCUACCUCCGCCAGGUUUAGCCAGCGUGUUAACUCCACAGAUGCCUUCCACGUGGACCAGCGCUUCUGGACUUCCUUCCGCUCGCGUUUCCCUGCCCACGGCCCGCGGGAGAGAGCCUUCCACUCCGCCACCAUCAUCGGCAACUACAUGGUGGUUUACGGGGGAAAUGUCCACAUCCACUACCAGGAGGAGAAGUGCUUUGAGGACGAGAUCUUCUUCUACCACCUGGGCUGCCACCAGUGGGUGUCGGCUGGGGAGAGCUAUGGCAACAGGGGCCAUGCGGUGCGAGGCCGCUACUCCCACGUGGCCGCUGUCAUGGACGGGCGCGUGCUGCUGGUGGCCGGGGGCUACAGCGGGGUUGCCAGGGGUGACUUGGUGGCCUACAAGGUCCCUCUGUUUGUCAGCAGUGACCCAGCCAAGAGGGAUUCACUGUGCGCGGAGGCCCCAGAUGAGAGCAUCUGUUUGAAGAACCCAGAGUGCAGCUGGUGUGAAGGCCGGUGCCGAGAGUACCAGCCCUUAGAUCCGUGUGGCAGUAAUGGGUGUUUGGGUCUGGCCCGCUUCCUGUCCGACUGCCAGUCCUGCCUGAUGUUCAGCGGUACCGCGGGGGCGCUGCCCCGGGCCCCCAGCGACCUCGGCUGGUGUGUCCAGAACGAGUCCUGCCUGCCCGUCUCAGAGAGCGGUGCGUGCCGCGUGGACCAGAUCUCGGGGGCGUACGGCUGGUGGGGGGAGCGGACCAGUUUUCUGACCUCCCUCCACUCCUGUCGCACCGAGAACUAUGUCCCGGGAGUGCACCUGCUCACCUACCACCACCCCCGCAACCAGUCGCAGCCCGACAAGGUGUCCAUUCUGCAGAGUACCUCCAUCAUCCUGAACCCCUCCACAGAGAUGGACGUGACCAUGCAGUUCCGGGGCUUCAUCCACCCGCUCUGGAGCUCCACCUCCCCCUCUCCCUCCGACAGCGUGUCCGUCUGGGCCCGCAUCCAGAGGCUCUACUUCACCGCCAAGAUGGCCGCCGGACCCAACUCCCUGGAGCUGACGGAUGUGGUGGGCGAGUGGGGUACGCAGCAGGAGAAGGAGACGCGUCUGCUGAGCCGUCCCAGGUCGGGCGGGCGCCUCUUCCAGAACCUGACCCGGGGGAACCGCUACCUGGUGCAGGCCGAGGGCUACCUCAACAGCUCGGGCUCCGGCCACUCCAGCGAGAUGGCCCUCAUCUGGAACCGCACCGCCCUGCCUGGAGGAAGCGAGAUCUCCUUCCUGUUCCUGGAGCCCUUCCGUUCGGACUCGUGCUGGGAGUACCGCUCCUGCCUGGGCUGCCUGUCGGACCAGUCGUGCGGCUGGUGCCCCACGCUCAACCAGUGCCAGUCGCGGGACAACUCCAGCCAGCCGCCCUGCCGAGAGCCGGAGGACGGAGCGGAGCGCCACCUGCUGCUGGCACCGCAGCACUGCACCCUGUGCGACGACUACCGCGACUGUGCCGCCUGUGCACAGGACCCGUACUGUGAGUGGCAGUUCAACUACCCCAAGAAAGGGGACAGCCAGUGCAGUCGCCGCGGACGACAGGAGGGCUCCAUACGCCACCCAGCAGGCUGCCCCAAAGUCUGCAACCAGAGGCUAACCUGUGAUGAGUGCCUGGCUAACUCCAGCCAGUGUGCGUGGUGUGAAUCAGCCCAAACCUGUUUCUACUUUGCUGCCUACCUCACCAAAUUCCCCUACGGAGAAUGUCGGGACUGGUAUGACAGUGUGCACUCGGUGCCCCAGUGUAAGCAGUGCUCUGCCCUCAACAACUGCUCUGAGUGUCUGCAGACCUUCCAGUGUGGCUGGUGUGGGGACACCAACAACCCCACUAUUGGCAGGUGUUUGAAAGGCGACUGGUCCGGCAUGGAGGACACCUCAGCAGCUAACUGCAGCAUGGCUGUAGCAGAGGUUCGCGCCUCCAGGCCAGGGCCCCCCACCUCGUCUCCCCCGCGGCUGCUGGAGAGCGAUCUGGACCUGGAGGAGUUUGAGGCGGAGCUGCUGGAGGGGGUGGAGGCCCAGGGGGACUCGGCCUGGUCCUACCCCUCCUGCCCCGACGUGGAGGAGUGCCGCCUGGGCCUGCACGACUGCCACGCCUCCGCCACCUGCGUCAACACGCCCACCUCCUACGAGUGCCACUGCGACCGCGGCUACACUGGCGACGGGGUGCACCACUGCAACCAGACCUGCUAUAAUGAGUGUCGUGAGGGCCGGUGCAGUGGCAGCCCCAGGUUCGAGUGCGAGUGCUCCCUGGGUUGGACGUCUGACCCGGACACGCUGGUGCUGAGCGGGGUGGAGUGUGACGUGGACUGCGGAUGCAACUUCCACAGCACCUGCAUCACGGCCCCCGGCAUUUGCGAUGACUGCAAGGACUGGACGACGGGUCCCCACUGUGAGGUGUGUCGGCCGGGCAGCUUUGGCUCAGCGCUGGCGGGGGGUGGAGGCUGCGUGCCGUGCCAAUGUAACGGCCAUGGAGACCCUCUACAAGGCUACUGCCACAACCAGACGGGCCAGUGCUACUGCACACACAACACCCAGGGCCCGCACUGCGACAUCUGCCUGCCCGGCUACUAUGGUGACCCCAGGAACAACGGCACUUGUUUCCGCCAGUGCCAGGGCCGCUCGGUGGUCCUCUCCUCCUCCUCCUCGUCCUCCUCCUCCCCCCUGCCCCUCUCCUCGUCCCUGGGUUGGCACCGUGCGGCGGGGGACUAUGGUUCUCAGGGUGGCGGCCUGGUCGGCCUGUCCCAUUGCCUGUGGGUGCUGUCCGUCUCCCAGGACCUGGAGCCCUGCCAGCUGGGCCAGUCAUGCCCGCCCGUGGCCCUCACCAUCCACCCGGACUCCCACACGCAGUGCAGCAGCUCUUUUGUUUACGUGUUCGAUGGUCUCCCUCGUUUCCUGGAGAAUGGCGUGGUGCACUCCGACCAUAACCUGAUUGGUGCUUUCUGCGGCAUCUCUCGCACUAAACCAAUCACAGUGGAAGCCACGUCCGGUGUGAUCUCGGUCUACUUUGAGGCCAACGUCUCGUCCACUCAGCCCCAGGGUUUCAAUGCCUCCUUCUGGGUGCGGCGCUGCGACCAGGGGGCAUCUGGGAAGGGGGAGGACCAGGGGCCGGCGGAUGCCAAGGCCAAAGCUGGUGACGACGCUUCCAUGAUGUCGUGCCCGGCCGGUGCCCAGUGCAACCUGGCCCAGUGCCAGUGCCCCCGCGGGUACGGGGGGCCCCAGUGCGACCGGCCCAUCUGCCCCAAGAACUGCGGAGCAGGCGACGACAGAGGAGUCUGCAACACGACUCUGGGAAUGUGUGUGUGUGCGGAGGGCUGGGCUGGGGCUGACUGCCACUCCCCGUACACCCCCAACAGCAUGGUGUGGAAGGUCCUGCUGGACACACAGCUCACUGCAAACCAAGCCCACCGCUUCCUCCACAGGAUGGGCCACUCCAUGGUGGCCGGCCCGCAGAACACACUCUGGAUGUACGGAGGCCUCUCCCUCUCAGAGGGCAUCCUGGGAAACGUCUAUAGGUACUCUGUGCCAGAGCAGCGCUGGACCCAGAUGCUGACCAGCUCCGUGGAGGAAGGCUCCACCCCCAUGGCCCGUUACCAUCACGCUGCGGCCCUGGUGGCCAAUCACGACGUCAUGUCGGGCGCCACGCACAACAUCAUGAUGGUGGUGGGCGGGGUCACGCAGAAGGGCGUCGCCAUGGAUACCUGGAGCCUCAACCUUAGCAGCUUGGUGUGGAGGGAGUACAAGAGCUCACUACUGCCCCCGGUGGCAGGCCACACCCUGACAGUGCGAAGAGACUCCAGUGUGCUGUUGAUCGGGGGCUACUCCCCUGAGAACGGCUUCAACCACCUGCUGCUGGAGUUCAGCGCACACUCUGGCAACUGGACCAUCGCCCCACACACAGGCACGCCACCCACAGGUCUGUAUGGCCACACAGCGGUGUAUCAUGAGCAGACGGAUGCGGUGUACGUGUACGGGGGCUACCGCUUCCACGUGGAGGCAGUGGAGCCCUCAGGGGAGCUCUACAGCCUCUACUACCCCAACCUCACAUGGUCACUGCUCGUACCCUCGCAGGGAAACAAGCCGUUGUCUCGUUUCUUCCAUGCGGCGGCGCUCCUGAAGGACACCAUGGUGGUGGUGGGGGGCCGCACGGGGGAGCAGGAGUACACCAACAUCGUCUCCCUCUACCAGAUCAACUGCAACACCUGGAUACAGCCAGGUUCUGGCGUGGGUGAUGCGGUGAACCACUCGGUGUCUCUGGCCAUGGCGGCUCUGGAGGGGACUCUGUUCCUGUCUGGUGGCUUCAACGGGGUGACGCUGGGCCGCAUGCUGACCCUGACGCUGCCCUCCGACCCCUGCCAGCUGCUCACCUCCCAGGACGCCUGCAACAGCAGCACCGGCAGCUGCGUCUGGUGCCGCGGGGCGUGCGCAUCCUCGGACAUGGCCGAGAGGCUGGGCUGCUCCAGCAGUGUGUCUCCCUGCUCCCCCACCCCUCGCCUGCCAGAAGAGUGCCGUCGCCUCAAGACCUGCAGUGAGUGCCUGGCCAGACACCCCAAGACCUUCUCCAGCCCCAUACAGCCUGCUCUCCAGUGCAAGUGGUGCACCAACUGCCCGGAGGGCGCGUGCAUGAGCAGCGCGGUGAGCUGCACGUCGGAGCACGACUGCAAGAUCAACCAGCGCGAGGUCUUCCAGUCCAGCAACUGCGCCGAGACCAGCUGCGAGGCCUCCGACUGCCCCAAGUGCACCUCCUCCGGGAAAUGCAUGUGGACGCGGCAGUUCAAACGCACCGGUGAGACGCGGCGCAUCGUGAGCGUGAACCCCACCUACGACUGGACGUGCCUUAGCUACGGGCUGCUGAACGUGUCGCCCAUGCAGGUGGAGUCCUCGCCGCCGCUGCCCUGCCCAGUGCCCUGCCACCUGCUGCACGGCUGCGGCCAGUGCCUAGGCUCCCACGGGGCCGACGGGGGCUGGCAACACUGCGUCUGGAGCAUGGCUCUGCAGCAGUGCAUGAGCCCCUCGUAUGUGCCCCUGCGGUGUGAGGCGGGCCAGUGUGGGCGGCUUCUGUCGAGCGGGGACUCCUGCCUGCCCCAGUGCUCCCAGCUCACCCAGUGCUCCCAGUGCAUCGCGAGGCCCCAGUGUGGCUGGUGCGCCUCCCAGGGGGGAAACGGGGACGGACGCUGCCUGCAGGGAGGACUGGUCGGAGUGGGCGACAGCAUUUGUCCUCAGGGGAACAGCAGCUGGUCCUUCCUGGACUGCCCCGAGGAGGACGAGUGUGCCAACGGCCACCACCACUGCAACAAGUCCCAGGACUGCCACGACCUGCCCCAAGGCUACUACUGCACCUGCCGACAGGGAUACGUGCUCAGCAGUGUGACGGGCCAGUGUGAGCCAGUGUGUCCUCAGGGCUGCGUGAACGGCACGUGUGUGUCGCCGGGAGUGUGCCGCUGCCACUUCGGCUUCGUGGGGGAGAACUGCUCCUCGGAGUGCCGCUGCAACAAGCACAGUAACUGUGCCGGCGUCAACCAGCUCGACAAGUGUCUGGAGUGCCACAACAACACUGUGGGCGAGUCGUGUGAUAAGUGUAAGCCGCUGUUUGUGGGUUCAGCAGUAGGUGGCGGCACAUGCCGGCCGUGUCGGGAGAUCUGCCGUGGCAACAGCGCCGUGUGCCUCUCCAGGGAAGAGUACGAGAAGGCUCUAAUCAACAACUACCCUCUGAACAUCGAUGGUAUUAUCCAGCGGGUAGCCAAGGGCCCGACGGAGGAUGACGUGGUGUGUGUGAACUGCCAGAACAACAGCAUGGGGGACAAGUGCGACAGCUGCCUCACUGGAUACUUCCUGUUGCUGGGGAAGUGUGAAAAGUGUCAGUGUAACGGCCAUGCCUCCACCUGCAACAUGGACGGCUCUGGGUGUCCCUGUCAGAACAACACGGAGACGGUCAACUGCAUGCCCAACCCUGCUGAACGCAAAGAGUGCUACAGGUCACAGUGUGCCAAGUGCCGCGAGUCCUUCAACGGCACGCCGGUGAACGGGCGCCAGUGCUACCGGCAGUUCAACGUGGACAACGAGUGCUGCUUCGACCCCACCUCGCAGACCAACUGCUUCCACGACCCGGCCAUCCGCAACCUGCCGCGCGGACGCACCGUCUUCUUCGCCGCACAGCCCAAGUUCACCAACGUGGACAUCCGCGUCACCAUCGACGUCACCUUCGGCCAGGUGGAGGUCUACGUCUCCAACUCGCACGACACCUUCAUCGUGGACGUGGACCAGCGCUCCGGCGUGCACACCAUCCGCGUGGAGGACGAGACCAGUCUCAUGGGUGGCGGCGGCGGCGGCGGUGGCGUGCCCGUUGGGCGCGGUGGUGAUAAGGAGAUGCCCUUACAGCCCUCCCCCAUCAAGCUCUCCGCCAAUCAGUCGUCCAAUCUGCUGGCGUCGCGCGUGGCGUCCGGCGUGGGGCUGGGCGGCGGAGUGGGAGGCGUCAUCGGCGGGAUCGGGGAGCGGGAGAUCCGCGAGGAGCGCGCCCAGGACCUCAUCACCUACAUCACGGUGUGGAAGCCCAUGACGGUGCUGAUCGUGCGCGAGGUGCGCGACCGCGUGGUCAUCACCUUCCCGCACGAGGUGCACUCGCUCAAGUCGAGCCGCUUCUACAUCGCGCUGCGCGGCGUGGGCACGGGGGAGCGCGACGGCGAGUCGCAGGGCCUGCUCUUCCUGCGGCAGGACCAGGCGCACAUCGACCUCUUCGUCUUCUUCUCCGUCUUCUUCUCCUGCUUCUUCCUCUUCCUGUCCGUCUGCGUGCUGCUCUGGAAGGUCAAGCAGUUCCUGGACUUCCGCCGGGAGCAGCGCCGCCACAUCCAGGAGAUGACCAAGAUGGCGUCGCGGCCCUUCGCCAAGCUCACCGUCUACCUGGAGCCCGAGGAGCCGCAGCUCAUCUACCUGCCCACGCCCGGCGGCCAGGGAGGGGGAGGGGGCAGCAGCAUCUCUCUGGCCCACGCCCGCACCGGCAAGCUGAGCGGCGUGGUGAUCGGUCAGAGGGGGCGCUCCGGAGCGCCGUCCUACAAGCAGGACCCCGGCACGGGGGGCACGGCCCUGCACCACCACCAUCACCACCACCACCUGGCGGCAGCACUGAGCUCGGCGGGCGGCAACAGCGGCGGGCAGCACCUGCCCCUGCACUACCUGAACGCCCACCACCACUACCCGCCUGCCUCCGCCACCACCACCACCGCCACCACGGGCAACGCGCCCUCCGCCCACCACCACCACCAUCACCACCACCACCACCAUCCGCCCUCCACCACACACGCCGGCUACCAGCACUUCUGCCGCUCGGACCCCUUCCUGUCGCAGCUGAUGGGCUUCUCCUAUUCGUCCUUCAAGGUGGGGCCCAUCACGCUGGAGCCCACCGACGACGGCAUGGCGGGCGUGGCCACCGUGCUCUUUCAGCUGCCAGGCGGCAUCCUGGCGCCCAACCGGGCCUGCCUGGGCUCGGCGCUGGUCACGCUGCGGCAGAACCUGCAGGAGUACUGCGGGCACAGCGGGGGCGGGCAGCACGCCGGCGCCGGGGUCGGACGCAAGGGCUUGUUGGGCCACCAGCACCUCACCACCAUGGCCAUGUAAUGGAGGAAGAUGGUAGCUGGCUGGCUGGGUAGGUAGGGUGGGGUGUAUGGAGGAAAGUAAUGGGGUGUGUUCCAAUACGUACACUCCCGUCCUCCACUUGCACUUGUGGCCUCGCCCCACCUCUGUGGAGAAAACAAUAAAGCUUCCCAGCUGUCAGCCUAGCCAUAACAACUUUUGAGGGACUGUUUUUCAUUCACCAUCCCAAUGACAAAUGAGAAAAUGACAUUAGAAUUGUGCUUCUGCAAGAUGUUGAAUUCAUUUUCUGUCAUCAGUGACAUCAUCGUGAGGUCACAAGUAGGCAAGUGAACAAGGGAGGACGGAAGUCUGCAUAUUGGAAUACACACAUGGAGAACUACGGACAAGUGAGGAAUUGAAAAGGGUUUGAGAAGAGGCCAAAGAUGGCUACUACGCAUUUUAAGAAGAAGGGAAGCUGGGAGAGUGGAACAAAGACUUGAGACAGACAAAGAAGAGACAUUUGGAAAAAGAGAAAGACACUAGACUGAAAGAUGAAGAGAAUGACACUGAAGGAAACCUUGAAGGAAAAAGAAAAAAAGGUUCUGAACUAUUACUUGAAGCUUGUCAAAGAAAAGUUGGCCAAAUAAAAGAAAGAGUGAGGGAGUGAAAUUUAAUAGUCAGAGAAGGCUAAAUGUGUCCACCACACGCCUGUACAUACACUGUGUAAUUAAUUAAUGAGUUAUCAAGCAACCUCUUUUUUGCAUAACAUGUCUAUUUAUGGCUUCGUUAUUCAUUGAUAUAUGUCACAUGAUAUGAUGACCAAGGCUUUAGGCCUAUGAAAAUGCACUACGUUUGCCCCAAUGGCGUACGCCCGCCCGUUCAGACAGACUGCUUUAAAAGACUGACCGCUUGGGUAAUUAAUAGGUGUGUGUAUUUGCGUCGGAACCAUUAUGUGCUUUAUUAUUAUACGUAAACGAUCCCUUUGACUGACAAUCUGAACAGCAAAAUUUGGUGCGAAAACAAAAUGGUGGACAUCAUCAAGUCCAUGUGAAUGUUCAACAAACCUGAUUGUCGCAUAUAAAAGAAAAGGGAGCGUGAUGAAAACGAAACACUUGGAAAAACGGCAAACAAACACUUCAAACAAAAGGGUUUGUCUAAUUAGGUGUGUUUUGCGGUAAAUGUGAUACUGCUUGUAAAUUGUUGGGAAACGUAAUUGCUCAUCUGUGCGCUUUUUCUAUACAUAUAGGAAUUGAUGUCCUCACCCCAAUGUUCCUCUUCUCGAUGUUGCAGUGUUGCAGUCCCAUUCGUAAGCCUGCUCUGCAAAUGCCUUUCUGCGACAGCAGCACUGUGUCUGUGAGACACUGGCUGUAUGAGCGCGAGACGUGUGGUAGACAUCCAAUGAAUGGGUCCUUGUCUGGCUCUUUUUUUGUUUGCCUGCCUGUUUUGGGAGUGCUUUCGUUAUCUGCUAUCCUGAGAUGGGAAGAUUUGUUUCCAUCACCAUGAAACCACACACAGACACACACAGACACACACUUUAACAGGUACACACAUCAACACACAUGCACACACACAAAUAACAAACACACACUUUAACAGAUACACACAUAAACACACAUGCGCACACUCAUUACACAAAAGGAGCACCAUCAUGUCUGAUUGGAGAGCUCUUGUUUUGUUUCGUUUUUCAUUCUUUUUUUGUUUGUUUUGUUGGUUGGUUGACGUUUGAUUUAUCGUUUUGGUAUGAUUAUCUAUCACACAAACAAAUUUGAUGUGCUUGAUAGACUAGUUUGGCCAACUUGAUGCCGGACUGUGAUGUUCUUUAUUUCAGCUCUUUUUUUAAUUGGAUGAUUGAGUCAGCCAAUGAGAGCUACCGUGGUUCUUUUCUUACAUUCUGAUUGGCCACACCCAUUUCAGGGAAGGGAAAUCUAGGAAAUAACCGCAAGUUAAGAGACAUUUACAAUAAAAAAGGAAUACUACAAAUGGUUGAUGGCCAUUGUGCAAAUGUGAUGAAGUCAGCCUCCUGGUGAGAGACUUACAAUAGUUGUGAAAGAAAGGACCCUAUCAUAAAGUGACGACACUAUCAGUAUUUUAUAAUUUUUUCAGGAUUAUGUUACAGUGUUUUGUUGGAUUUAUUUUGUGUAUGUUCAGUUGUAAUAUUAGAUAUUUUCUAGCACAGUAUUUGAUGUAGCCCCCAAAUUACAGCUCAGACCUUUCAUAAUAUACUCAUGUUGAUCAAGAAAAAAGUCUUACAAAUGUUACAUUUAAGGACUGAAAUAUCGAACGAUAUGACUGAUAAUAGUUAUGCUUUUGUUUUUCUUUGAAAUUCUGCAUUAUGUUCAUUGAGAAAAUGAAACGAUUAUGUUGCGAUAUCUAGGUUUCACAAAGGCCUUCUGUGUUUUCAGCUUAACAAAGUUGCCUCCCUCACUCUGUUGUAAAUGUGCAUCAGUUAGUACGCCUCCACUGUCUGUGUUUCCGUGUUUGUUUUUGGUUGUAUUAUUGACAUUGUGUUGUUUGCUACUAUUUUUUUAUUAUGGUAAUUUCUCUCAUUUUUUGUACAUUGCUUUGGUUGCUCUGUCUUUUUCAGAAUUGUUGUACAGAAGAUGGUUGUUAUAUGCCUGACUUGCUGUCCUGGUCUGCAGUCGGUAAAUCUAAUAAAAUACUAAAAUGUU